GAAUGCAGGGUCCGGGGAGACCAGAUAUAGUGAAUGCAGGGUCCGGGGAGACCAGAUAUAGUGAAUGCAGGGUCCGGGGAGACCGGAUAUAGUGAAUGCAGGGUCCGGGGAGACCAGAUAUAGUGAAUGCAGGGUCCAGGGAGACCAGAUAUAGUGAAUGCAGGGUCCGGGGAGACCAGAUAUAGUGAAUGCAGGGUCCAGGGAGAGCGGAUAUAGUGAAUGCAGGGUCCAGGAGAGACCGGAUAUAGUGAAUGCAGGGUCCUGGGAGACCGGAUAUAGUGAAUGCAGGGGUCCGGGGAGACCGGAUAUAGUGAAUGCAGGGUCCUGGGAGAGCGGAUAUAGUGAAUGCAGGGUCCUGGGAGACCGGAUAUAGUGAAUGCAGGGUCCUGGGAGACCGGAUAUAGUGAAUGCAGGGUCCUGGGAGAGCGGAUAUAGUGAAUGCAGGGUCCUGGGAGACCGGAUAUAGUGCAUGCAGGGUCCUGGGAGACCGGAUAUAGUGAAUGCA